AUGCUAAAGAAGAAUGACAAUUUUAACUCAUUUUACGAAUGUAGGAAAAAUGAAAAUGAGGUAAGCAAGCUAUCUGUGGGUGGAUUGCGUAGGACCGCUGGUUGCGGGGUGGAGGAAAGGGACACCACGCUCCAUAAGGGGGCCGCCAUAAAUGAUCACCCCGCUGGUGGAGAAAAGGAUGCAGUGCAGUCAUUUGGCAACACGCGCCACAGUCAUAACGUAGGAAAUAACUUCAUUCGAGGGGAGGCUCAGAAUGGUGGUAAUGGCCCAAAUGACGAGGUGGCGACGUCUGGAAGUGAGCUGCAAGAAGAGGAGGAAGAGGAAGAAGGAGAAGAUGACGAAGAAGAGGAAGACGAGGAAGACGAGGAAGACGGGGAAGAUUCGAGUUGCAUAGAAUGCGUCUCAAAUGAUGACAAUUCGUAUUACUCCCUCUACGAGGGGUAUAAAACGAAUUACAUAAUCGAAUCCCUCUUUGAUAAGAACUCAUUUGUAUACUUCCUGGUUCCGUUUAAUAAAUACAGCUACACAAAUUAUUACACGAAUUGGAACAAGCUAAGUUUUCGCAUGUACGCUUCCCUAAAUUGUGUGCAAGAGAGGCCUGUUAAAAGAAAGAGGAAAAUAAACUACGUCGGGAGGUGCAGAAGUGAUAGCAAUGCUAGUGAGGUGGGUAUGUUGGAGGGGGCACUUACUACAUUGGCGGAUCAGGAAAGAGGGAGAAGCGCCUUCCAAAGAAGUGUGAACAGCGGUUCCCCCUCGCGUGACGUCCGGAAGCAUAAUGGAAAAGCAGCCAAUAGCGAGGUUGGAUCUCCUCUGAGUGGGCAACUUGCCCUACAAACCAGUGACCACUACAGUGAGGCGGAGGACGUGAAUUUUAGGAACCCCCUUAUCUGGAUGAUGAAUAAUUUUUUGUACUUCCUCCUGUUAAGUGAGUUUUUCACCUUUAACGAGAUAAUCAAGUUAAUGCCCCUGUGCAAGUGUUCCUACGAAAUCUUUAAUCGAUUCUUUUACGUCAAUGUGCAUGUGAAUCCGUUCAGACAGAAUGUCAAAGACAUUAUACGAUUUUUAAAUGAGAAUAAAGAGUACCAGUUUUAUAUUCUGAAGGGGUCGAACUGUGUGGAGGACAAUUGGGAGAGUCCCCUCGACCAGAAAAGGGAGCUACUCACUUGCGAGUCCAUCAUCGGUGGGAUUCAUGACAACCUUCAGGAGGGUUCCUCAAACGGGGGGCAAAACUUAAGCACAGAAGAACUCACUUUAAAGAAAGGAGGAAAACUCAGCGGUGGAAAUUCGGAUGGACAACAUGGGGUACCCUCCCCUGGUGAUUUCUCCACCAACAGAGAAAUGGAAGAGAACUCUGCAGGGAAUAACCCCAUGGGAAGUGAAAACUCAACAAAGGAAGGAACAACCCCGUCCGGGGAUACACACCAGAGUAGUAGUAACCCCCCGGAGAAAGCAAAGAAGAGUGUAAAAAAUGGAGAAAAGAUACUUCACACAAAUAAUAUUAUGAACAUGAGGUACUUGUUCAGUUUGUAUGAAUUCAUCCGAAUUUAUUUAAGCAAAGAGAACAGAGAGGGGGUAACUUUCUGCACCUCUGAUGAGAAAUUUAAACGUAGCUCCAACAGAAGGAGGGACGUUUUCUACGACGAUGUUUUUCCCUAUGGCAAUAAAAUCACCUCCUUUGAAUAUAAAAUAAAAUUAAAGAAACAUGUACAGAGAAGAUGGAACUUGAAAAGCAACUACGUGCAUGAGAAUUAUUUUGUGCACAAAACGAGGGGGUCAAAUGGUCAGCACAGAGGUUUACUAAAAUUGAUUCACAACAGGCAGAGUCAGUUGUACCCCUCGUUUAGUUCCUUCCUUUCUAUGGACAGGUGUGGGUGUGUAAAUUUGUGGAAGGUUAACGAUGUGAAUUCGUUACUUCCAACACCUUUGCUGGAGGCGCAGCUGACAUUGGGGGGGAAGGAUGCCCUCGCCCCCAGGGAUGCGGUGAACCUCAGGGAUGACACCUUCUUGGUGGCCGACGAGUCGGCGAUAUAUUUCUUCUCGUUGGAAGGAACGAACCCCAUAUCGGCCAAGCGAAUCGCGCAGCUCGAUGGGCAGCAACUGAGCGAAGGAGGAAAAGUAAAAAACGUAGUGAUGAGUGACAAGGGGAAAUGCAGCGUGGGCCUUAACCAAGCCAUAUGCUACCGAAUAGACCUGGAGAGUGGAGCAGUCGAAAGCGACAAACGGCUGAUGGAAGAUUUGAAGAAAAUUGUCUGCUUCGAUUACAACACCAACAUUGUUAUGAGCAAAAAGAACAUCCUCAUUGAUGAUAGGAGAAUGUCCAGCUACGUGUCUUAUGUGAAUUACAAUCUAAUCGAUUACGAUAAUGAUAAGAAAUAUUUUAACAGUGAAAAUUAUUUCCAUGAUUUGAGUCUAACUGGGAUAUCACUAACUUCACUAAAUUCGAACAACUCCAUUUUUUUAUUUGACCUGAGGUAUAAAUACCCCUCCACGUGUCUGCAUUACGAGAGUGCCAUCACAGAGACGCACAGUUCUCGUCAGAAUGAGAAGAUCCUUUAUUUGUUCAAUUUGAAAAGAAAUUAUAACUCCAGGUUCUACUGCAGUAAUAAGAGGUACUGUGGUUUCCACGACAACGUCAUUUUGAAUCCGUUGGUGACGCAGAAGAAGGAGGAAGCAAAUCAGGGCGAGGAAAAUUUCGUAAAAGAUAAAAUCCUUUCCGAUGAGUCAUUCAUUUAUACUAUUAUAAAAGAGAGAAGAGACAGAGAAAUCGAGGGGUGUAACUUCCCUACUUCCUUUGUGAACAUGUGGCGAUGGUGUGAUAAAAGACAAUUUAAAACCUUUUUUCAUUACCAUGAAGACAUAACCGCUGGAAGGAGGAAUUAUUCCGACAUGUUCGUUUCAUCCCCAUCGGAGAAGGCAUCAUCAUCGUAUGUCAAUGCGGAAUGUAGUGGCGCAUCCAACUUGGGAGCCGACUUUUCUUCCUCUGGGGAGGCCUCGGAGGCCAGUGCAGGACAGUAUUACUACAGAACGCUCAUUUUUGAUCAAAUUUACAAAUUUGUGGACACUCCAAAUCAUUUAUUCUUGACCUAUGAACAUUCGAACUAUGUUCACUCCCUGUUGUCUCCUUCGCAUGGACUCGAGAUGAAGAGCUCCCUGAAGGAGGUCCCUUUUUUCAUGCAUCCCACCAAUUUGUGA